AUGAAAUUCGAUGGCUCUGAUUAAUAAGGUGAGGAUAAUCUUGAUCCUACUGUAAAUACUUCGAAAUAACAAGAAGGAAAUAUUUGCUCACAACAACGAACAGGUCAUUGGGAUGAUCAUGAACAUUCAAUAUAUUUAGAAUUUUUACAUAAUGUUAGGGGUGUUGAUAGGUCAUACAAGAAAGGAUAACCUUUAUUUAAAAAAAUGAGUGAGAUUAUUGGAACUAGAUCCGCAAGCUAAUGCAGGUAUUUUUUAUCAAACAAUCUAGAUCCCAUCAUUAAAAAUUCAACCCUUAUAACUAACUAAUUAAAAAAAGCAAAAAGAAAUGCUUUAAAAAUAUAGGCAAAAAUAGAUUAAAAGGAUAGGGCUAAGCCAUUUUAAGAACUAAAUAAAUUAUGAGGAAGUAUUUUGCCUUAAUUAGAGAAACAACCGAUGAAGAAUGA